AUGACAUCAGGAAUAGUAACCCACUUUGACAAACAAGAAAACCCGCAUCCACUUGGAUUAGCUUCCUUCGGCGUAACUACAUUCGUCUUUUCGUUUUAUAAUCUCGGUGUCUGCGGAAUCGAACACGAAAAUGUCGGUCUUGGUCUAGCGUUAUUUUACGGCGGAUUCACACAAUUUGUCGCGGGCAUGUGGGAGAUGCAUUUAGGUAACACGUUGCCGGCCACAUUGUUUAGCUCGUAUGGUGCAUUCUGGCUGUCGUUUGGCUUGAUUUCGUUACCGUCUUCGGGAAUAAGUGCGGCUUACACUGAUAUUAAAGAAUACGAUUAUGCGAUUGGCAUCUUUUUGUCUUCUUGGGCAAUUUUCACGAUAAUAAUGUUAAUCUGCUCACAACGCACAAAUAAUUGCAUGAUCAGCGCUCUUUUCUUACUGUUUUGGGUUUACGUUUGUCUUGUUCUUGGAAAAUUCACUGGACAGCGGGUAUUUACCAAAAUUAGUGGAGGCAUUGGUGUUGUAUUAGCAAUAUUGUCGUAUUAUAUGACGCUUGCGAAUAUGUUGACCAAAGUAAAUUCGUGUUUCACGCUUCCUAUUGGCGAGAGAAACGUUGGUAAUGACAAUACUCAUCAGACAAUAUCUGUCGAGAAUAAAGUAUAA